AUGACGGCCUCAACCAACUCCACCACGACCGCCGUCUCAGCUCCGGGAAAGGUCCUCCUCGCGGGAGGCUACCUGGUCCUGGACCGGACAUACACGGGACUCGUCUUCGGGCUCAGCGCCCGCGUCAAUGUCGUUGCCGCUGAGAUCCACACGUCUCCCGGAGUCCAUCUGACCGAGAUCAUUGUCGAGAGCCCGCAGUUCGUCGAUGCGACGUGGCGCUACGGCUUCCAUCUUGCGCCUGAGGAUGGCGGGAUUACUGUUACGCAGCUGCAGGUCGGCUCAAAAAUAAGCCCGAACCCCUUCGUCGAGACCACCCUCAGCUACGCCCUCACCUACAUCUUCCGUGUCAACAAGCAGCGCCCCAACCACUCACUCACCUCGACGCGCCUCAUCAUCCUCGCCGACAACGAUUACUACUCCCUCCCGGACGCCGCCCGCUCUCCUUCCGCCGGGCAACAGCGUGGCCGUUUCGCGCGGUACCCGCACACCAUCGGCGAGGCGCACAAGACGGGCCUCGGGUCCUCCGCCGCCCUCGUCACCUCGCUGACCGCCGCCCUGCUCACUCAUCACCUGCCCACGAACCUGUUCGACCUGGACUCCGAGGCCGGCAAGCACACGCUGCACAACCUCGCCCAGGCCGCCCACUGCGCCGCGCAGGGCAAAGUCGGAUCCGGCUUCGAUGUCGCGGCCGCCGUCUUCGGAUCCUGCCGGUACCGCCGGUUUUCCCCUUCUCUCCUGUCCGACCUGGGCGCCCCGGGAGCUCCCGGUUUCGCGGAGGCGCUGGAGAGGAAAGUCGACGAGGUGCUCGCGUGGGACGUCGAGGUCGACAAGGACGGCGUCAGCCUGCCCGCCGGCGUGUGCCUGAGGAUGUGCGACGUCGACUGCGGAAGUCAGACGGUGGGCAUGGUGAAGAAGGUCCUCGAGUGGCGCAAGAACGAGCCCGAGGCGAGCAAGAAGCUUUGGGACGACCUGCAGUCCAAGAACGAGGCUCUAGCCGACGUGCUCAAGGCAGGAAAGACCGAGGGAAUCGGCGCAGCUGUCGGGGACGUGAGGAAGUUGAUUCGCGAGAUGGGACAGGGCAGCGGCGUGCCGAUUGAGCCCGAGAGCCAGACGGAGCUUCUCGACGCGCUGCAGAAGGUCGAGGGCGUGCUGGGUGGCGUUGUUCCUGGCGCCGGUGGGUUCGAUGCGCUCGCGCUGGUCAUGAGGGAUGACGAGGCUACGAAAAAGAGGGUAGAGGAGUUCCUUGAGGGGUGGAGCAGGGAGAAGGGCGCGAGGGUGAAGUUGUUGGAUGUCGUAGGGGAGAUGGAGGGUGCGAGAAGGGAGGAGUUGGGGGUUUACGCUGGGUGGCUUUCUUGA